GCGAGCCUGGUGGCUCCCACGAUCAGCCAAAAUCAGGCUAGGUUCCCCUAGCCCAAUUUUGGCUGAUUGUGGGAAUAACGCCACUGUUUUGUCUGUUUCUAUCAAACUCAUUAUGAAAUGAGGAGGCAUGACAGGGAACUGGAGGAGCCUCCUGGGAUUAGGCCAUGGUGCAGUGGUGGAGCGUCUGCUUGGCAUGCAGAAGGUCCCAGGUCCACCCCCUGGCAACAUCUCCAGGUAGGACUGUGAGAGACUCCUGCCUGGAACCUUGGAGAGUCACUGCCAGUCAGUGUAAACACAACUGAGCUAGAUAGACCAAGGGUCUGACUCAGUAGGAAGGCGCUUUCUACAUUCCUAAACUGUAACUAUGAUCAAGUCACUAAUUUACCUCUUCUUCACAGCUUGUGGAUAAAAUGAGAUCAGACCUGGAAAGCACUUUGUAUGCUAGGAAGUGGCAUAUGGUUAUGCAUCAUCCAUCAUAAUUAAAAAUAUAUGCAACUCUUAACUAAUUGUUUUUUGUGAAAUACCAUAAAUGUAAUCAGUCCUCUUUGUUUCCAACAUUAUCACUAAAUUUGCUUCAAGCCAAGUCAAUCUGCAUAUCUCUUGCCAUCCAGUCAUGGCCUUACCAAGUCAACCUUUGACCAAGUCUUAAAAACUCAAUUGUACCUUUGUAAAUGUGCAGUGGAAAAACAAAUAUUUGCAGGUGAAUAAAAGGCGAAAGGCUCACAGGCAACUCCUGUGAGUUUCACAAUGGGAUUUUUGCAUUCAUUUCAUGUUGGAUUCAACCACUGUGCAACCAGCAAGAAGACUUCUCUUGGACAAGGCAUUUACCAGCUAUCUGCACGGCUUUUUCUUAUGGUUGUUUUCUGGAAGCUUUUAGAUGGAGGGAAAGUGUUGGUAGUACCUGGAGACAACAGUCACUGGCUCAGCAUGCAUUUGGUUGUGGAACGUCUUCAUCAGAAAGGGCACCAAAUAGUAGUUGUUGCCCCCGAUGUAAACUUGUUGAUGAAGCCUUCUGUUCAUUGCAUGAUGAAAACAUUUGCUGUGCCCUACACAAAGGAAUACCUGAAUGCAGAAUUUGUCACACUUGGCCACAAGAGUUUUACAUACCAACCUUUCCUGGCAAAAAUGACUGAGACAUUUACAAGAUUAAGGGCUAUCAGAACAGUUUUUUCUACUAAUUGUGAGCAGCUUUUGUACAACAAAGAGCUUGUUUCAUACCUUGAAGAAAACACAUUUGAUGUUGUAUUUAUGGAUCCAUUGUCUCCAUGUGGGCAGAUCUUGGCUGCUUAUCUAUCCGUCCCAUCUGUUUACUACUUAAGGGGAAUGCCAUGUGGUUUCGAUUUUAAAGUAACUCAGUGUCCAAAUCCACCUUCUUACAUCCCAAAAUUCUUCACUGGCAAUACAGAUCACAUGACAUUUAACCAGAGAGUGAAAAACUUUUUAGUCAGCUCAUUGGAAUUCAUGUUUUGUUAUAUUUUUUAUUCACCAUACGAAUUUCUGAUUAGGGAAUUCCUGCACCAAGAUAUGACAGUGUCAGAGCUUUAUAGUCAGGCAUCCAUUUGGCUUCUGCGAUAUGACUUUGUAUUUGAAUAUCCCAGACCUAUCAUGCCCAAUAUGGUCUUUGUUGGAGGAAUAAACUGUGCAAGGAAGAAUCUGCUAACUCAGGAAUUUGAAGCUAUUGUAAAUGGCUCCGGGGAGCAUGGCAUAGUGGUAUUCUCCUUGGGUUCAAUGGUUUCUGAGAUUCCAAUGAAAAAAGCUAUGGAAAUUGCUGAAGCUCUUGGAACAAUACCCCAGAUGGUGCUGUGGAGGUAUACAGGAGAAGCACCACCCAACCUUGCCAAGAACACAAAGCUUGUUAAAUGGCUUCCACAAAAUGAUCUACUUGCUCAUCCAAAAGCCAGAGCCUUUAUCACUCAUGCAGGCUCCCAUGGGAUUUAUGAGGGGAUCUGCAAUGGAGUUCCAAUGGUACUAAUGCCACUUUUUGGUGAUCAAAUGGACAAUGCAAAGCGAGUGGAAUCGCGAGGAGCAGGAGUGACUCUGAAUGUAGUUGAAAUGACUUCCAAGGACCUGUCUGAUGCACUGAAAGCUGUUAUUUAUGAUAAACAGUAUAAAGAGAACAUCAUGCACCUCUCAGCCCUUCACCUGGACAGGCCAAUCCACCCUCUUGAUCUUGCAGUGCAUUGGGUGGAGUUUGUGAUGAAGCACAAGGGGGCUCCUCAUUUGCGACCUGCAGCCCAUGACCUCAACUGGAUCCAGUAUCAUUCUCUUGAUGUCAUUGCCUUCCUUAUGGCCAUAGCGCUUCUUGCUCUGUUCAUCUCAGUGAAGUGCUGUUUGUUCUGCUGUAGAAAAUGUUUCUGCAAAAGAGGGCGAUUAAGCAAGAAAGGCAAAUCAAAAUCUCAGUAAAAAUAAUUGUUGAGGUUUGGGGAGGAAGGAAAUGGGCUUAUAACUCUUGGAGGUUAUAUAUUUCCUCCAUCAUUCUCAGCAUACUUAGGGCCAAUUUACAGGUGUUAGUUUUUUAAAAACCAUGAUUAUUUACAUGAUUCAUUUCCUAUCUCUACAUACUUUUGUGCAACCAUCAAUCUCAGCAUACCUAGGGCCAAUUUGCAGAUAUGUGGGGAAGGGGGGGUUGUUUUUGUUUUUUAGUUUAAAAAAAAAUUAUUGGUUUUUACAACAUCUUAACAAUCCCAUUACAUCUAAUUAAGUAAAUAUUGACUUCCCACUCACCAAUCAGCACGAUUCAUUAACUAUACAAGUCAACAAUUGCUAUAGUAAUUCAAAACAUAUAUCCUACACAUUGCAAACUCGAUUUUACUCUACUCAACCUGCUAUUAUUACUAAAUUUCAAACCCUGCUGAAAAUCUUAUUUGAGCCAUCUUAUUUGUUUGUUAUUUUUCUUUCCCUGAGCCAUUUUUGGAAGGGCGGUAUAGAAAUCGAAUUAAUAAUAAUAAUAAUAAUAGUCGAUAUUAGAAAAAUAGUUCUUUAAGUAUAGUAAGAAUGGUUUCCAAUCUUCUUUAAAACAUUCCAAGUUUUCAUCCCUUAUCAAUACAGUAAGUUUUGCCAUCUCAGCAUAUUCCAAAAUUUUUAUCAACCAAUCUUCUUUUGAGGGCAUUUCAUAGUCCUUCCAUUUCUGCACAUAUACUAUUCUGGCCGCCAUGGUUGCAUACAUUAAAAAAUGUUAAGUUUCUUCUGGAAAACUCUCCUUGUGUUAUUCCCAGCAGGAAGGAUUAUGGCCUCUUAGGAAAUGUCAUUUUUAAAAUUUUCUUCAACUCAUUAUAUAUCAUAUCUCAAAAGGCCUUUGCCUUCCCGCAAGACCACCACAUAUGAAAAAAAGUUCCUUCACAAUGUCCACAUUUCCAACAUUUGUUUGGAACAUUUUUAUACAUUAAUGCUAAUUUUUUGGGUGUCAAAUACCACCUGUACAUCAUCUUGUAAUAAUUUUCUUUUAAAGUAUAAAAUGCAGUGAACUUUAAAUCCAUUUUCCAUAAUUUUUCCCAAGCUGCCAUAUCUAUAUUAUGACCCACAUCUUGAGCCCAUUUUAUCAUAUUAAACAACAAAAACAAAUUGCUUACAUAAAUCAAUCCUAUCCUACAUAUAUAAGACAUGUGGCCACUUUAGCCAAUGAAUUCAUAGAUAUUAGCAACAAUCUCCAAGGGGCCUGUGGCCUUCUAUGUAAACCCCAGAGUCCUGUCAUUUCUGGAUCUGUUCAAGAAUCUAUUGUGUACAUCAUGGGUUUUCAGCUGUGGGCUGAUAUCCAUAAGUGGCUCACCAGUUAUACUAUCACUAUUUACUUUAAAAUAGAAGAGCAAAGUGAAAAAGAGAGUUUGUCCAGAAUGCAGUAUAUUGCAGACUUUCACUCUCCUUUCUUUUGCAUGUUAUUCUUUAACUACGUGUCAUGCAGUGACAUCGCACAAUUUUGGUUGCACUCUCUGCUGGCGGACCCUGCUUAGCUAAGGGGACAAGUCAUGCUUGCUACCACAAGACCAGUUCUUCUCCAAAUCCACAGUACCACAAUCAAUCUACAGUACCACAAAAGCAGUAUGUUUAAAAUCCCUGAAUUCAAGAGCUGGCCAGCAAGUGGCAGUGCCAGAAUUGUGCAAGCUAAGAACAUAGCAGGAAGGAGAGCAAAAGCCUGUGGAACUGUGUGUAUAGCUCAUCAGAUCACACUGGUAACUUGUGGGAAGGCCCACCAUUUAUUAUUGUCCGGAGAGACCCAGAGAGAAAAUGAUAAGAGGCAAAGGACGUCAGCAGGCUCUUGUUCCUUUAACAGUUGUGUAGAAGAAGAAAUUUUUACAGAUGUUUCUUAUCAUGUACGGAUGAAAAAAGCUGCACUUGCCAGAUUUCUCUCUUCUACCAGAGUAGUCCUCCUUUUCAUUUGAUUGCACAAGGAAGGCAAGAAUAAAAGUAGUAAUAAAAAUUAAAAAACAAAAAGUGGAUCCCAUGUUGCUGGUUAAAAGUGGCUCCCAGGCAUAUACUACUAUAUAUAAUACUGGCACACAUAGUUCAGGAAUGACCAACCUGAGGCUCUCCAGCUGUUGUAGAACUACAGCUUACAUCACCCCUAGCUGCAAUUUAUUGCAGCUGGGGAUGAUGGGAGCUGAAGUCCAUAAUAGCUGGAGAGUCUCAGAUUGGCCACCCCUAUGUAGUUCAUUUGUGCAACAUCUAUUAGAAAGUUAGUUACAAAAAUGUGCAAAUUGGCCCCAAGGAUGUACUUUCAAAACAAAAAUGUCUUCAGAGAUGUUUCUCCCCUCUGAAACUGUAGCAUUACAUUUGUUGCUCAGUACUUUUCAUGUAAACAUGCUGAUUUAGACAAUUGCAUAAAACUGAAGAUAUUAUCAAAGAUAAUUUGUUCACAAGAAAACUAAUUUGUUUCUUACAAGUAUUAACAGUGUUAGAACAGACUUUUGUGGUCUCUUUUACUUCAGAAAGAUUGUUGUUGUGAAGGCCUUUGAUAUUUCUCGCUAAAUGAGGAGUACUGUGAAAUUUCUCUCAGGUACCUUUUGAUCCCAUUCUAGUACCCAGGGGUGGCUGGUCAGGAAGGGCACCCCCCCCAAACAAAAACAAACAAUCAGACUUACCAGCAUCCAGGCUGCCCCAGCCAAUCUGAUUGCCCCCAGGAAGAACUAAAUAAUGGGUUAAAAUGCAUUUCCUGGUUGCUUCUGGGAGUAUAUUUUUAAUAUAUUUCCCCCUUCUUCCUGGGGGCAGUGCCAGGAGAACCCCCCUAGGAAUCAGAUUGGCUAGAGUAGCAGCUGUUCCAGCCAGUAAGACCACAAGAGGAAGUUUCAGGCAGAGGAGGAGGGGCUGGAGGAAGUUCCCUGCUCUGGAGUAUUCCCUGACUGCUAGUGAGUCUGAUCUUUUCCUAGCUUGUUUGGUGGGAAGGCAGAUGCAAUCCUUGCUUUCUUCUUUCUGUCCCUCUUUCUACCUUUUGCUUUCUCACUUUCUCCUUGCUUUUUGCCCUGGCUUUUUUGCUUUCUGCCUUCUUCCUCCCCACCCCACAAAACCUUUCUAUUUCCUACUUUUGCCUCACUUUUCUACUCUUUCUGUUUUCCUCAAUGCUGACAGGCUUGGGAGGCUUCUGCCUCAGUGAUCAGGUUCUCCCCACCCACUGCUCUAGUGCCCACCAGCUGCUACUGCUAGUACCUCAUUUUCUGAGCACUCUGUGAGGGCUGGCAAUAAUAAUAAUAAUAAGAAGAAGAAGAAGAAGAAGAAGCAUUUAUAUAGUGCUUUGCUGUUCAAAUGCUUCACAUAAAUUGUCUAAUAGUACUCCUUACAAUAGCCCUGUAGGGUAGGUGAGUGUUAUACCUUGAUUGCUGAAGUCUAGGGAUGUGAACAGAACCAGUGAUGGCCAGUUCGGCUGGCGGGGGGGGGUUACCUUUAAGGAUCAGGGAGGGUGCUCUUACACAUACACACACACACCUUGCCACUCCCCCCCCCAGCACUGUGCUUAAAACAGUCUCAUUCCUGUUUGCGCGUUGGACCAGAAGUUCCUGGACCGUAGCAGGCAAAAUCUGCUAGUAGCAGGCAAAACCAAGCACAAUUAUUAUUCAUACAAAUUUCUGCUAACUGUACUUGAUAGACUCUCAAAGUGUGAACAGUUUUGUUUCAUUUGAAAGGUUUCUAUAGCUAGCACUGUGGAAUUACUGUGUAACCUCCAGUGGAACAUAAGAACAGCCCUGCUGGAUCAGGCCCAAGACCCAUCUAGUCCAGCAUCCUGUUUCGCACAGUGGGAACAAUGUAGUAAACUAUGUUAAUUUUUAUAACUGAUAGAUUAUAAAUCUUAGCAAAUAAAUCUUAGCAAAUAAAUCUCAGCAAAUAAAUCUCAGCAAAUAUGGAGCGUUUUUUCUUUCCACAAAUUGAGAAUGGUACAGAUCAUUCAUGCCCUCCACUUGGAAUUGGGACACGGAAGUAUUUUGACUUGAAUAAGGCCAGGACUUUGUAGAACUAUAAUAAGGAGCAAAAGUAAUCCCAGUCUGUUUUCUGCAUAAACUAUGGAUGCAUGAUGUGCAAAUAUCACAGAACUCUAUUAGUGCCUGUCACAUAUCACCUGUGAUCUGUGACCAUCCCAUUUUGAGGGUUUAAAAAAAGUUUACUUUCCCUCUUUUUCUUUUAUUAAUGUCCCAUAAAUUUCAAUUAAAAUUUAUGAAUUUUAAAAUUUAAGAUUUCAAUUUAAUUUUGGGGGAGGCCAUUACCCUGCCCCAACCAAGUCUCAGUUAUACAAGCCAAGUCAGAUCUCCCUUCCUUGAUCAAAUCAUGGAUGAUUUCAGUCUUAUUUUUAACUGACCUGACAUUGCAGAGGAGUAUGGUCAGGUUCUGAGGGUGGUUGGAACUGUUCACCGAGGCCUGAGAGCUGACAGGACAGCCAGAAGGUGUUAGGUGUUAUUAGCUAUUAAAUUUCUGGUCUCCUUUUCCCUGUAACAGCCUGCUGACCUGCCAAUGCCAAAUCUUCUAUUCCCCACUACUACUGCAAUAGCCACUCCAGAACUCCCAGAAGCACCUCCUAUUCCCCCCCCCCCUUACAGUUUGCUGUUUCUUCCACCGUUUUAUGGCAUGUCAUUUUGGGAAUGGGUCAUAAUGCUUUGCAUACAUAUCAGAUAAGAGAGCAAGGGAGAGAGAGCAGAGGUUACAUUCCUCCUCUCCAAACAAACACAAACAAAAAACCCAGCAAAAUAUCAGACUUACCAACAGCCAGCCAGCCUACCUGCCCUCUAACCAAAAUAGUUAUUGGAUUCUUCUGAGCAGCUCAAAGAAAAAGACUCCCCCACCUUCUGGACUUUCAGUAUCUGGCCACCUGGCAGGGAAGUUCACGGUAUUAAAUGGAGCUGCAGAAACAAGAUACAGCUCGGACAUAGUUCUUCCCUAUCGGGCUUGGCUGCAAGCUGUCAACAUGAAAGUUGACCAACAUUGCUUUCCAGCAGUGAAUAGAAGGCUGGUGACAUAAUUUGUAGUACAAGCCAAGAGCUCCCAGCUGGCAGGAAUUCAAGUCUUAUCAGCCCUCUGCAAGAGGCGUUUACUCCUCCUGAUAGUUUCAAGCUGAUUUCUGCGCCUUGCAAUACGCCUCUGUUGUGGAGUCAGUGGGGGUUGCUUGCAUAGUUCCUCUUCUGAUUGGUCCAUCACGGUUUCUGCUGUCUCGGUUUGUUGUGCCUGCUCUAAAUCAUCAGCUGGAUCUGCCUCAGCCAUUUCUUGGAAACUGACGGCCAGGCUCUGCCCCUCAGACACCCCAGCAUUGGCUAAAAAGUUGACAGCUUUCCCUUCCUCCUCGCUGUCUGAGACCGAGGGCAUAACAUGGGCACUCUGAUUGGAUACCCGAGUAGUCAAUCAGCCUAGUCCCUCACUGAUUGGUUUACAGGGUGGUCCUAGUAAACUGUAUAUUUGUAAAACUGUAAACUGUAUAGUCCACAUAUAUGUGGACUGUAUAUUUGCAAAAAUGAAAGUGGCCAUGCUUAUUGGCUCCUGCCUUAUUAAUAUUAAUAACUUAAAAGAUGUGGCUUUUCAUUUGUUCUUUGAGGCUGGUGUGAGAAAUUUAAGAUGAGCGCCAUCCACUCUGUCCAUAGAUAAGAUCUGCUCCUGGCAGUUUGGUGAGAGUACUAAGAUUUUUUUCUCCUCCAUAUGUAUACAGAACUACAAUUUCCAUCAUUCAGAAUAACAGAGAGGAAAAAGGUGCCUGUACAUUAAAACAAUAGAAGUAGAUCUCAUGUUUCAGGUUUGGGCUAAAGGUGGGUGCUAGAUUUGAAAAGGCUGAUGGCCACUGCUAUAAACCAUAUCUUAGUUACCCUCACAUGAUUAUCCUCACCAUUAUUCCUACAAGUGUGAAAUCAAGGCUGAGAGAAUGGCAUAGGCAUACCAAUAUGUGAGUCGGAAUUUGGAUCUCACAAGUAAUAUAGCAGACUGCUCAACCACUUGUAGCUCUAGAAAACUUAGAAAUGUGGUACUUGGCAAUAUGAUCAGGCUUUGGUUUUAACAUUCAGCAUGCACACAUAUCCUUCUUUGCUGAAAUAAAUGACUGUGAUAUGGUCAUAGUGUUUUCAGAGGGUUCUUCCAAUGUGUCGUAUGUGAACUGAAGGUUACUUCACAUAUGACAAAGGUCAUACACAGAUGUUGUUUCUGUUUCUGUCUAGAUAUUUACGUGUAUCCCAAAAGUAUGGGAUACACAUGCAUGUGAUGAAUGCAAAUGUUUUGUUAUGUGUAAUAAAUACACAGUUGGUUACCACCACCAAUAAGGAAUUCCUGUCACAUAUACAUUCUUGUUUAUAUAUUUGCAAUUAUAUCCUACUCUUCCUCCAA